AUGCAUCGAGUUGUUUUUUUUCUUGCCUUAUUGGUAGUAUGUGGGACCGGAUCAGCCCUCGUUAACCAUCAACUGCUUGAUCGAGUCAAUUCAUAUAUCAACAAUCAUCGGCUAUCACCAAAUGCACGUUCCAGUAGUGAAGGAAUUUAUUUACAAAAUAGUAAUAAAAUUGGUCUUGGAUACAACCCAUUAUAUGGUAGCCCUGUUUGUUACACUGGAGAAUGUCAAAUGCAAGGUUUUGCACAACCCAUUUUUCAAUUGAAUUAUCAGCAAAUACCUAAAGGUUCAUGUACGACACGGCUAAUACCAGACUACACUUUCUUAGACUGCUUACCGUCGACUGAACUACAAGCAGAUACUGAAACCAUUGACACAGUUGAACAAUUAAAAGAAACAACAUCAAAAAGUAUUGACGUAUCAGCCAAAGGUGGGUUUUGGAAAUUUUCAUUUGCAUACAAAUAUUCGGAACAAGCACGAUAUAUGCUUGAUCAUAUUAUCAAAAAGAAUUUAGAAGUUUUGUAUACAUCAGCACGCGUCAGCUAUGUGAAGCUUUCAAUGUUUGAACCAUUCAUGAAUUUAACGGAGACUUUCCGUUAUGUUAUUGAACAACUACCAUGUUGUGAUUAUGAUGAGACAGUUGAGUCAUACAUUCAGAGGUUUAUCUUUAGCUAUUUUGGCUUUACAUAUGUCAAUAGUUUGUUACUAGGUGGUAUUGCUCGACAAAAUAUUUUUAUUGAAAAAUCUGAUAUUAGCCUCUUAGAAACUCAUGGUUAUACAAGAAGCCAUGAAGCCCAGGCUGAAUUUUACAUUUCAUUAAAUGGAGCUACAAAAAUAGUAUACGAUAAGGAAAAGCACAAUAAAUUUAUGACAUAUGUCAGAAAAACAUAUGCAACAACUCUUGGUGGUGAUACAUCGGUUCAGACAAUAGAUGAAUGGUCGAAAACAGUUCCAUCGAAUCCGGUUGUCACAAAAUUCGGUAUCAGUUACAUAUUUGAUCUACUUAACAAAAGACGAUUUCCGCAUGAUGAUCAAAUUUUCAAUAAGUCAAAACUAAUCGAGAAAGCUCUGAACAAAUAUAUCGAUAACCAGCUGUAUUGCUAUAAUAACUGUUCGGGUAAUGGUGUUUGCCAAGAAACAGGCUAUUUUCAAUUUGGAGAAUGUAAGUGCAAAGAUACUUGGAAAGGAUUUGAUUGUUCACAGCAAGUUAGUACUACAACGACGACUACAACUACGACUUCUACGCCACGGACAAUCACUUCUUGCCAAUGUGUGAGGAGGAUUUGUUCUGAAUGUUUGAAAUGGAGUUGUAGUGGAAGACGUCGUCGGCGUGAGGUGAUUGGAAUCAGACCAAAAUGUUGA